GUGCAUGACUUUCCGGCCAAGUUUAUCUACUCCGUUUCGGAAGAUACGCGUCCUGGCACUAUAAUUGGACAUUUGGUACCUGAAAAUGCCACCGUUCGCUAUGAAUUCUGCAGCAGCAGUAAUACGGCAAGCCAGCAAUCGUCUUGGGAGAGCGAUCACCAGGAUUUUAAGAAUCUAUGUGGAGCUGUAGAGGGUUUAGGGGGCACAGAAACCUCAGGUCAAGUUGGCAUUGGUGUGCUGACCUCAGGUGAGGUGGUCGUACUGGAUGAGCUGGAUCGUGAACUGAAGCCGUUCUAUCGAUUGGCUGUCGUCGUGAAGACUCGC